CAGUCCAGCAAUGUAGCACAUACCAGGAAUACCUCUGGUUACCAUGGAAAUACCAAGCGUGGUUUUGGACGGGUUGUGUAGUCUUGGAGAGCUUGACAACACUAGUUUCGCUAGUGUUGUGGAUGGAGUUUACGAUACCCUCUCCGGUAAAACUACCACUCAGGAGCUGAUGAAACGUCUCGAAAUCAAUCAAAAAGAUGCAAUCGUGGACAGUUUGAUGCUGUUCAUAUCCGAGGCGUGUAGAAGGAACGUGAACCCAGGAACAAUCGGGGAAGUUCUGCAGGAUCUGCAGCUCCCUCCGGAGCGAGUAUCUAGAUUCCUGGCAUCCCACAAGGUCAAACAUUUGACCCUUAAGUCUGUGUUAGCCGGCACUAAACCGGGAACUGGGUCCAUUCUUGAUGUGAGGUGGAAACUAGAGUACGCUAGAGGUGACGGUGGAAGUGCAGUUGGACCACGAUAUUCCAUACAACUAUUAACUGACAAGGAACCCCUACAUUUCUACUGCAGUCCUGCACAACUUGACGAUUUAGUGUCUCAACUACAGUCAGCUACAUUUUCAAUUGACAAAUUUAUCAACAAUCAGUCAAUAGCAUGAUGAUUUAUUUGUUUGUUUUUUUUUGUUAAUUUGUGUUUUUGGUUAGCUUGGACAUUUUUCCCCUUUUUAAUUUCCAUUGCAGUGCUUUGACCGAGUUUUUUUUUCUAGGAGACAUUAUUUGUGUGGACAAUCUUGUCAGUUAUCUUAUUCUAUUGACUAUUCUAUCGUUAUAAUCUUAAUUUUGAUACUUGUUUUUUCAUGAAUGAUUAAAUUGUAUGUAACAACUUCUUUAUCUGGUUACAAAUUAUAAAAGUA